CCUCCUGGCAGGAAGAGCCAGUGGGAAGUGCUGGCCAGGUGCUCCCAGAAGGCGAGCUGGCCCCCCCCAGCGCCAGCACAGUGGACAGGCGGUGACAACAGCUCCUGCCAAGCCUGGUCCGCACCCUAUCUUGAAGUCAAACGUGGGUCCUAACUGCAGCUGCUGGCCCUUCCAGCAUCACCAGCGCCAUGCCAUCCCAGCCCGAGCCCCAGGGAGCGUUGGCGGCCUCCUCUUCAGAGGAGGUUAUCAUCCCCACAAGAGAGAAACCUGGACACAUCUACCAAGAAGAAGACGACUUGAAGGAGAGUCUGCAAAAAGAAGCCACAGUUCUGGGGGUUAUCCAGAUCCUGUGCUGCUUGACUAUUUCAAGUUUGGGGGUCAUUUUGGCUUCUGCCCCAUACUCUUCCCACUUCAGCGCAGCGGUUUCCACCAUUUUGAUGUCUGCAUACCCCUUUGUAGGACCUCUGAGCUUUGCCAUUGCUGGAGCCUUCUCAAUUAUCUCUGGAAAAAAGUCAACUAAACCCUUUGCGCUGAGCAGCGUGGCCUCCAACAUGGUGAGCGCCACGGCUGCUGGGGCAGGACUCUGCCUCCUCGCACACAGCCUGGCGGCCCUGUGGACGCUCUCUCGACAGUGUGACUCAGAAAAGGACUCUCCACCCUCAUUGCCUCAUGCGGGCUACUAUCCUUCAGUAGCUGAAAUGAAGAACUGCCUCCUGGUGGGUGUCGGCCUCACAGGGGUGCUGGCGAUAAUGCUCAUCUUCACGGUGCUGGAACUCUUUCUGGCGACAUACGCGUCUGUCUUUUGGUGGAAACAGGUCUCCUUGAGCCACCCCGGAGAAUACUUUCUUCGCCUAAGUCACAAGAUCAUACCCAGUAUGUCAAAAAGAAUUCUUCAAAGUCAUGGAUAUGAAUAACUUUUGACCUUCAAGGAAAAAGAAGGAGAAACUCCUGGCAAAGUGAUUAAUCUUUGCUGAAAUCUCAGCUACUUUAGACCUCUGAAAAAAAAACUUCUUAAAAAUAUCUUUUGUUUUGUACUAGCUCAAUGUGAAUAGUUGUAUUGCUCCUAAAAAUAAUUUCCCAAAAGCCCAGGUGAGUAAAAUUUUAUUAGUCUUGCAAAAUUUCUGUGAGAUGUAUGAACUUUUCUAAGUAAAUUGAACAUAAAGUGACUCUUCUCUCUACAAAUAAGAAGAGAAAAAUCAUGCUCUAUGCUGGUGUGAUAAGCCAUGUAGGUUCUGUUCCUGUUUUCAUUUCAUACUGAUAUUGCUUAAACAUUAGAUGUUACGGAUUGCAUAAAUUUAAUUAAAAAUACUUUUGCAGUGUAUGGUUCCACCUCUGUCAGUCGAAUGGGUUAAAUUCUACCAUGGACUAUGAUGCAAUAUUCUGUCUUAUGGAGUGACUUUAUUCUUAAAUAUCUAAUUUCAAAGAUUAUAAUUUUACAAUGUCUUAAACAAUAUGGCCUACCUAAUAAAGAGGUUCCUAACAUUGUCCCCUGGGGCUGGGCUAUGAGUUCUAUCCUACAGGAGAAUGUACAACAGAAAAGCAUAUGUAUAUUUUCCAAAUGACAUGUAUAAAAACGAUCAUAGAAGUAAUACAUGUAAUAACCCUCAUUGGAGACCAUCCAAGAUUUUCUUCAAAUCUCCCAGCCUCAAUGAAAUCCUCCCACUCCCCCUACUACCAACUUACAUGAAAUUGCAACCCUGUUUCUCCUUCAAUUAUUAUUUUUCUUCACAGCACUAUUACCAUCAGACAGACCAUAUGUCUUAAUUGUUCAUUAAUUAUCUAUCUCCCUCCACUAGUCUAUAAGCUUCACCAGGACAUUUACCCCUCCACGCUAAGACUUUCAGCUCAUGUUUGUGUUUUCAAGUGUGUGUGUGCAUUUUUGUACAUGAAAACAUGCAUAUGAACAUUUUAAGCUGGGGGUGGAGAACCUUGGAGAUUCCUCUUUAUUCCAUAAGCCAAUCGAUGCAAUAAAAUCAUUA